CGGAACCGGAACCGGCGGUAGCCGCGAGAGGCGGGGCUAGGCUGGCUACUGAGGGGGCGGUGGUAGUGGCGGUGGCGGCAGUGACUGCGGUGGCGGCGGCGAUUGCGGCCGCAGCGACUGCGGCAGUAGCGGCAGCAGCAGCGGAGUCUGAGGCGAACGGACGAGCGGCUGCGGCUGCGGCUGCGGAGGAGACGUAGAGAGAGCCGCAGGCGGGCGGGCCUAUGGUGUGGGGCCACUGCGGGAAGGCCGCUGCGGGAGGAGCGCCGGGCUGAGAGCGAGCGCUGCCGGACCAGGAGUCUCGGGGCCUCGGCCGGACCAUGGGCUCCCUGUUCCGCAGCGAGGCGAUGUGCCUGGCGCAGCUAUUCCUGCAGUCCGGCACCGCCUAUGAGUGUCUCAGCGUCCUCGGAGAGAAGGGCCUGGCCCAGUUUCGAGAUCUCAACCAAAAUGUAAGCGCCUUCCAGAGAAAAUUUGUUGGGGAGGUGAAGAGAUGUGAGGAGUUAGAACGGAUACUGGCAUAUUUAGUGCAAGAAAUUAAAAGAGCUGAUAUUCCCCUUCCUGAUGGAGAUACCAGUCCUCCUGCCCCACCUUUUAAACAAGUUUUGGAAAUGCAGGAACAGUUACAGAAGCUGGAGGUUGAGUUGAGAGAAGUCACCAAAAACAAAGAAAAACUGAGGAAGAACUUGCUUGAGCUGAUUGAGUAUACACACAUGUUAAGAGUGACCAAAACCUUUGUUAAAAGGAACAUAGAGUUUGAACCCAGUUAUGAAGAAUUUCCUUCUUUAGAAAAAGAUUCUUUGUUGGACUACAACUGUAUGCAGAGGCUGGGUGCAAAAUUGGGAUUUGUAUCUGGUUUAAUUCACCAAGCAAAAGUUGAAGCAUUUGAAAAAAUGUUGUGGAGGGUCUGUAAAGGGUAUACUAUUGUGACCCAUGCAGAGUUGGAUGAGUGCCUUGAAGAUCCUGAGACAGGAGAUGUCACAAAAUGGUAUGUGUUUUUAAUAUCCUUUUGGGGUGAACAGAUUGGCCAAAAAGUUAAGAAGAUAUGUGAUUGUUAUCACUGCCACGUUUACCCAUACCCCACUACUGUUGAAGAGCGAAAAGAAGUUCACGAGGGGCUAAAUACACGAAUACAGGAUCUUUAUACUGUGCUACACAAAACUGAGGACUAUUUAAGGCAGGUGUUAAGUAAAGCUGCUGAAUCUGUCUGUACUCGAGUUAUCCAAGUGCAGAAGAUGAAGGCAAUUUAUCACACGUUGAACAUGUGUAGCUUUGACGUCACUAAUAAGUGUCUCAUUGCCGAAGUCUGGUGUCCUGAAGCAGAUCUGCACAGCUUGCGUCAGGCUCUGGUGGAAGGAUCCAGAGGAAGUGGAGCAACAAUUCCUUCUUUUAUGAACACCAUCCCAACAGCUGAAACUCCCCCAACUCUAAUCCGUACCAACAAAUUCACCCAGGGAUUCCAGAACAUUGUGGAUGCUUAUGGAGUUGGGAGCUACAGAGAAGUCAAUCCAGCUCUCUACACCAUCAUCACAUUUCCCUUUUUAUUUGCUGUGAUGUUCGGAGACUUUGGGCAUGGCUUUCUCAUGUUCUUAUUUGCCCUUCUGUUGGUGUUGAAUGAAAACAAUCCCAGACUGAAGCAUUCACAAGAUGAGAUUAUGAAGAUGUUCUUUGAUGGUCGCUAUGUCAUUUUGCUAAUGGGCUUGUUCUCAGUAUACACAGGCCUUAUCUAUAAUGAUUGUUUUUCCAAAUCAGUUAACAUGUUUGGCUCUGGAUGGAAUGUAUCAGCCAUGUUUAGAUCUACUCCAUAUGCCAGUAAUACUUCAGCUUUCUGGAAUGACCGUGAUAUAAAGGACAAUGCUUUUCUUCAGUUGGAUCCAAAUACUAUUGGUGUGUUCCAAGGUGCUUAUCCUUUUGGCAUAGAUCCGAUUUGGAACUUAGCAACCAAUCGUCUCAGUUUUUUAAAUUCUUUCAAAAUGAAAAUGUCUGUGAUUUUUGGAGUUACCCACAUGACUUUUGGAGUUAUUCUUGGAAUCUUUAACCACCUGCAUUUCAAGAAGAAGUUCAAUAUUUACUUGGUCUGCCUCCCAGAACUCCUGUUCAUGCUCAGCAUCUUCGGAUACCUGAUAUUUAUGAUCAUCUACAAGUGGCUCGCUUAUUCAGCAGCAAACUCCAAGUUUGCCCCCAGCAUUUUAAUUGAAUUUAUCAACAUGUUUUUAUUCCCAGCUGGGGGGUCAACAAGUGGACUUUAUCAAGGACAGAGUCAUGUCCAGAAGUUUUUAUUAGUUGUGGCAGCAGUUUCUGUUCCUGUACUGUUCUUGGGGAAACCUCUUUACCUGCUUUGGCUACACAACGGAGGUCGAUUAUUUGGAAUACACAGGAGUGGUUACACACUGAUUCGUAAAGACAGUGAAGAAGAUGUUUCUUUGCUGGGAUCUCAAAAUGUGGAAGAGGGAAUUAGCCAUUUGGAAGUUGAAGGACGUAAGGAUGAAGAAGAGUUUAAUUUUGGAGAGAUCUUUAUGGCUCAAGCAAUCCAUGCGAUUGAAUAUUGCCUUGGCUGCAUCUCCAACACUGCGUCAUACCUGAGGCUUUGGGCACUCAGUUUAGCUCAUGCACAGUUAUCCGAGGUUCUGUGGGCAAUGAUAAUGCGUGUGGGCCUCCGUGUUGACAAAGCUUAUGGAGUCUUGCUGCUAAUUCCUUUGGUUGCAUUCUUUGCUGUUUUAACAAUCUUCAUUCUCUUGGUCAUGGAAGGCCUUUCUGCAUUUCUUCAUGCUGUACGGCUGCAUUGGGUGGAAUUUCAGAACAAGUUCUACAUUGGUUCAGGCACCAAAUUUGCUCCUUUCUCAUUUAAACUUCUCUCGUCACAGUAUAAUAAAGAUGACAUGGCAUAAUUCAGUUGCUGUAACCAUGUGCUCUCAGCGUUAUGGUGAAUUAUCAUGUUAUUAAAUUUCACUGAUGUAGAAUUGAUGAUAGAAACAUGUUCCCCUCUCUCCCCAUUGCCUUAUAUGAUACAGCCAAAUAAUUCUGUCAUUUAGACAGCUGCCUCAUGUUGGAUGAUGUUUUGUAAAGCUUCUCUGUCUUAGAGAUUCAUAUUUCUGUUGACUGUUUUCAUGAUGAUAAAGUAUAAGUUAAUUGUUAUAGUUUAUGUUAAUGCAUAUUCUAGAAAAAUAGUUGUUACUUUUUGGUUGGGUUGGAGGGAGGUUCACUUCUUAUGACUGAAGUUGUCUUAAUAGUCUUUAUUUCUGUUCAUCUGAAAAAUAUAAAGCCACACGCUUACUACAGUUAACCAGUUUAUACAAUUUUGGAACAGCUGAAAUGAAGAAUUAAAAAAAAACAACUCCCAAAACUUUAAAUAGAGAUUGCAAAAUGAUUAGCAAUGUUAGUGUUUGGUUUUUGCCAUUUUAAAUGUGACAAAAUGUUUGCUCUCACAAUAGCUGUGAUAUUACUGACAAGCCAAGUUUUUCCCUACAUAUUCUUCAGUGUUUUAAUUGGGGGAAAAUGGGAUAAAAUUGCAUCCAGCAAAUAGUUUGUUCCAUUGCUUAAAAACUGGUAAAGGAUUUUAAUCUUUUUCUUCUUACAUAAAUUCUUGAUGAUGACUGCACGCUGUGAGAGUUACGCCAUAGGGCUGAGCCUUAAUGCCAAGUAUGGAAUUAGAAGCUAUUGUGCAUAUUGAACUGCAAUGACCAGUUUUUGUCUGAUGUUACUCAACCAAAGUUGUUUAUAUUGAGUGAAGUAAAGGUACAAAGUAAUCUUUUGUAUAUUUUUAUAACAAAAUGUGUAUUAAAAUAUUUUACCACUAAUAGAGAUAACAUCUGUGCCAUGGAAGCAUCAUAAUUAUAUUUUUUCCUUUCAGAUUACUUCUGAAUAAAAAUCUAAUUCCCACUUAGAUUUAGUAUUUUACGUUGAUUUUCAAAUUCUGUUUAGAUUCAUUUUAAACUAACCUUUAGUAGGCUCUUGAUUUGUGAUCCUUAAUGUGAAUUCAACUUAUUCAUCCCUUCAUUGUUUUAGCUCUGAAUGAACAUUUCUCCCUUUUCCAUUGAAAACUGUACAGAUUUUUUGUAUGGAUUUUUGUUUGAAUUUCAUUUUUACACUGUUUGAAUGUUCUAGAUCAUGACUUUUCAAAUUAGUCAUCUGGAAUGUAUACACUUUCUUAAAAUUUAGGAAAUUUUGAUUUUUGUAUUAAAUCCCUAAAGUCUUACUACAGUGCCUCCUUGUGGCAUGUAGGUGGCCUUGGGUUUUUGAAGGCCUUGAUAAGUGGAGUCUGGAUUCCAAACACCUAGUCCUAGACAAUAUGGCUUGUCACUUGCAGACCAGUCCAUCUGAGAGAGAGAGAGAGAGAGAGAGAGAGAGAGAGAGAGAGAGAGAGAGAGAGAGAGAGAGAGAGAGAGAGAGAGAGAGAGAGGAGAGAGAGAGAGAGAGAGAGAGAGAGAGAGAGAGAGAGAGAGAGAGAGAGAGAGAGAGAGAGAGAGAGAGAGAGAGAGAGAGAGAGAGAGACUGUGUUUGAGAGAGAGACAGAGAGAAAAAGACUUCUGAUAAAUAUUUUUGGCCACUUCAAGUUAGUUGUGAUCUAUUUCAGUGGAGGGAAUAAUCGUGUGGCUGAAACAGCAGGUCCUUGAAAUUAUCCCAGUGCCAAAUUGUAUAAUUAUAAAUAACAUCAAAAUUGGCAAAUUUGUUAUUGAUACCUCUUGAAGCUCUAGAUUUGUGAUCCUGCUGGAAUGUACUACCCAGUAUAGUGUCAGUUUCUUGGGCUAAGGUUAUGUACUCAAAAAGUUUUCAGGAAAGAGUAUUCCAUAGUAGUGGGAUGACAGGUGGAUAUUGGAAAAUGCAGUAUUUUUUGACCAAUAACUUUGACCCAUUAAAAACCGUAAGAAAUAAUUCUGAUGUAACAAUCUGAUGGAAAGUUAUCCAAUCUAAAAAGAUGUGUUUUCUAGCAUUUCUUGUCUAAUAUUCUGAAACAGCAAAUGCUGAAUACAGUUCAAAUUCCAGAUUUGGUCAUAGCCAAGUUCUUCCUAGAAAGUUGUCAUUUCAGAUGCCUUAAUUGUUUAGGGUCUUAAGAUCCAGGAAAUAGAUUUUAUGAUUUGACGAGUUCUUGCCAUGUGGCCAGAAAGGUAGCUCUCUCUCUGUUAUUUAAGCUGUUUGAUAGUGUUAUAAUCAUUUUAGUUAUAAUAUGUAAACUUUGUCUAUGUGAUGAUGAAUGUGAAAAAUGAUGAGCCAGCUAGAUGAUUCUAAAUACCUGGAAGUUUGGCCUCAUGUAGACCAGUGGUGUCAAACUCAAAUAGAAACUGAUCUCUCAUAAAUGCAUAUUGACUUAGGAAACCUAUAGUUAAACGUUAUCUAUGUUUUAUUUUUAUUUAUUUUAUCAAUCACUUCCCAUUUCCAUGUUAAUCCGGUUUGUACAACACUGGGCUGCUUUGCUAGUUUGUUAUCUUAGAUGUAGACAAAACAUCUCAAUUUUUGAGGAAUCUAAUCUAAAAAUUCUAAGACAUUCUUCAGAGAAAGUAAUCAGAAAAUAGAAAUUUACUGCAAUCAGUCAGAAAGCCAGACCUGGACAGCUACAUUGGCAAAAUCAGGUGGUUCAUUCAGAGGGUUAAAGGGGACUAAGGAGGUAGGUAUAAGAGACUGAGUUGUUGGAUCUCUAUUUUAUAUUUCUAAUCGCUUCAAGUUUGAAUAAAUGCCAUUUGGUCUUAAUUUCUAGGAGUAUUUGUGACAUUACUCCAGUCUCUCCUUUAGGUAUAGUGAGCUACAAAGGCUAAAAUAAGAUGUUAAUAAUGACAUGUGUAUGUAUACUCCUAUAUGUAUAAAUACAUGCAUAUCUCACACACACAACACACAUGACCUAGGGAUAGGGAAUGGACCUGCAAGUCCUUAAGGAAUAUUGAGGUGAGGAAACUCUACCAAUACAGAUUGGCACCUUUUCUGCAACUUGUCAUUUUAGGGAGGUGCCUGAAAUACUGAGAUGUCAUAUCAGUACAUAUCCAAGGUAGGACUCAACCCAGGUCUCCUGGCUUUGAGGCCAGCUUUCUGUCCACUACACCAGGCUGCCUCUCAUGUAUGAAGUUUAACUAUUUCAUUAUUCAUUAUGCCUGACUUGUUUUGAAUCUAAAUAAGUAUGCAUUAAACAAAUACUAAUUUCUCAGAUUCUAGUCUAUUUUAAAAUAAUAAAUUGUUCUAGUUUGCAUGCCUAGCUGUUGGCACUGAAGUUAAUGCUAGGAAUGAGGCACACUUUUGGUACCGAGACUUAAGACAAAGGUAUUCAGUAGACACAUCGGGCCAUUGGAGGUUACUGUGUGCUUAGAAAUCUUUAAAGGCGUAGAGGGCAGUUGUAUCUUGACUGUAAACUCCAAAGAAAAGGCUAGAGUUCUUGGAAGACAUCUUAGUGACUCAAACAAAAGCUGGGUGAGGGCGAAUUCAGCCGGAGCACUCCUUAAUAUGGGCAGUAAUUAUAAAGUUGCAUCUUCUUGUCAGUAUUUGGAUGUUAAACAUGAUUUUAUUCAACAAAAAUAAAUAUUUUUUUAAAAUA